UUAGGAUGCUCCAUUAUAUAUAAUAUGGUAAUUGUUUACCUUUACAUAAUCAGCCCCAAAUGAUCUUCGAGUGUCCUUGACCUUCAAGAAGUCCUGUAAAAUUUCAUUGAAAUCUUUGCUUGGUACACGGAAGUUGAGCCAAAGUCACUUCGCGUGGAAAGUUGUACAAUUUCAAACGGGGAGGGGGGGUGGAGGAGGUGGUGGAGUAAAAAUAUAUAUACAUUAUGUCCGAAAAUUACAUUCUAUGUAUGAAAAUUGUUUUGUUUAUAACUGUCUAAUAAACAUCGAGCGACGAGAACGGUUGGUGACCUUGAUCUUUUUGAGGAUUAAGAUCAAGGUCACUCGAAGGUUAUUUGGGGCUGACUGUAUAAAGGUAAUUUGUAAUAUUUAUCUCAAAUCAAAAAUCAUCUAUAAUUUGCAGCUGGAACAAAUGGAAUUGGAGGUUCGUGGGAUGAACGGAAUAGCACGCGACCGCCUACGCGGUCGCGUAGAGAGUCAUAGAGCGGAAUUGAAACGCUUGACGCAAGAAUUUCAAACAGCAAAGAAACCAAAGGAGGACAUUACGGAAAUCACAGUGGAGGAAUCCUGGGACAAUAAUGUAACAGAAGACCAAAGGAAAAGACUAUUGGAUGCCUCUGAAAGAAUAGAACGAUCAGGACGAACGUUACAAAAUGGUUAUCGUAUGGCAUUAGAGACUGAGGAGAUCGGUUCUGAGGUGCUGAAGGAGCUUCAUGAACAGCGAGAGACGAUACAACGGAGCAGAGGAAGAUUACGUGAAACAGAUGCGGAGUUGGGGCGAGGGUCUCGGUUAUUAUCGGGAAUGAUCUUUCGGAGCCUUCAACAGAGAAUUAUCUUGGCAGGGGUGGCGCUGGUGCUUAUAAUCGUUGCGUGCAUUGUGAUAUAUUAUAGUUUUAAGAGUUAAAGAGAACAGACAUUUUUUUUUCUUCGGCCAGAUCCACCAGAUGUGGUUUGGAAGUUGUAUUUAUUAUUAGAGACUUCAAAAUGUUAUUUCUAUCAAAUUGCGAGGUAAUUCUGUAUUAUAUCGUCUAUCCAACCUUCUUGUACUUGUUUGUCACAUUUUGCCUUAGGACAUCAGUCUUUGCUAUACGUUUAUUCUUUUAUUAACUUGACAAACAUUAGAUGACUGAAUCAUGAUUUCUUAAACAAAGUCAGGAUCUCAAGCAAAACUGGCAGAAUGUCAUCAAACAAGAACAAAAGACUCCGUUUAAUUGUUAUAUAAAGUCUUGUAUAAAAAAAAUAUUGAC